AUGGAUACUUCUGACGAAUGUUCAACUAGUAAAAUAAUUUCAUCAAAUAAUGACAACGACAAUCUUCAAUUUUCUUUAAGUGCAAUUAUUCAAGCCCAUUCGGAUGAUGCUAAAUGUGUUAUUGAAACACCUACAGGAACAUUAAUUAGUGGCGGAAGAGAUGGUUUUAUGAAAAUUUGGACUAACGAAGGCAUAAAUUGGACAAAUACUUCAACUGUUCAACAAAAAGAUUGUCUGGCAAUAAAUUCAAUAGCAUUAGGAUCUGCUCCAGAUGCUGGUUUUGAAAGUUUAAUUUUUCUUGGAAGGAAAAAUGGGUCAGUAGCUAUCUAUAAUGCUUCAAAUACAGAAGAACCUGUUAAAGUUUUGCAAGGGCAUAAAUCUAAUGUUUGUGCUCUCUAUUUUGACGAUAAAACUGGGUUUUUAAUGAGUGGAUCUUGGGAUCAUAAUGCUGUUGUUUGGCCGUUAGAACUUUUGUUGAAAGAAGGUCCCGAUAGGGUUCCAAUUGGAUUUUUGUCUGGACAUAAAUGCUCUGUUUGGGCUGUUGCAACUGUUCCUUCAAAAUUGCCAAAAUUUCUUACUGGUUCUGCUGAUAAGUCAAUUAAACUUUGGUCCAAGGAUUAUGAUGUUAUUACUGAAUUUUUUGGUAAAUUAAAUUAUUAA